AUGGGCGCCUCGGUGCAAUUCAUGAUCACCUCCGCCAUGCGGGAAAUAUUAACGAACGAGUUGCAAUUUUUAGACUCGGAAGUGGACGAGAUGAAACCAGAGUUAGCGGCGAAAAUGAUCGAAACCGGGACGAAAAGACCGUUUGGGGACGGACGGGAAAUGCCGGAGAGUUGGAAACGAGGGGCAAUGCCGGAGAGGAAAAGAGACGUGUUGGGAUUUUUCAGGAAUAUAAACUCGUUGCAAGUGAUUGUUUUAGGGGCGAUUGGCGUCCUCGCAGGGUUGGUCGUGACGAAUAAAAUCGAGCUCGAGACGCUGAGAAGUUAUCGUCGCACGUGA